UCUGUGCGUAUCGGCCAGCGUCACGUGUGACGUCAGAACGGCCCAAGAUGGCGACCACCAGUGGGAGCGGCGAUGCUAACGCGGCUACGAGCAGCCGCAAGCAUCUGGGUAUUCCUCAGGCCGUGUUUGUGGAAGAUGUCAUUGCAUUUAUGAAACAGCCAGGUAAUGAGACAGCAGACCUAGUGCUGAGGAGGCUAGAUGAGCAAUACCAAAAAUACAAAUUCAUGGAGCUGAAUCUAUCGCAAAAGAAAAGAAGGCUAAAAAGUCAAAUCCCAGAAAUUAAACAGACAUUAGAAAUUUUAAAACACAUGCAGAAGAAAAAGGAUUCCACAGAUCCCAUGGAGACGCUGUUUCUCCUUGCAGAUAAUUUGUAUGCUAAAGCAUCUAUCACUCCUACGGAUAAAGUGUGCUUAUGGUUGGGGGCUAAUGUAAUGCUUGAAUAUGACAUUGAUGAGGCUCAAGCGUUACUUGAGAAGAAUCUGACAACUGCAACCCGUAAUCUGGAAGGACUAGAAGAAGAUCUGGACUUUCUUCGAGAUCAGUUCACCACCACUGAAGUCAAUAUGGCAAGAGUUUAUAACUGGGAUGUUAAAAGAAGAAGCUCUGAAGCAGCUUCUAAGAGUAGCGCAUAGUUCACAAAACACAUUUUUACACAUAGUUAAACUCCAAAACUCACUUUUUUUCUUUAAAAUAUCCACCAAUUUGGCAACAUUUGUGUUUGGAAAGCUGCAGUUAUUUUUGUCUUUGGAAACAAAGCCGUGUUGAAUGUUACUCGCAAGAACAGAUGAGACUGAAACUGCAGUUAUGUGGGUAUACUGGCUUAUUGCAUGCUUAUAAGGCUUUUGUGGAAAUGAAUGAAGUGGAGUACGGGUUCAAAAUGUCAUUACCAGUUUUCACAAGCCACACUUGCUGCAGCUCUGCAGCCCAGUCUUACAGACGCAGUGGAUACCUUGUGUAUCCAUGCAACUGGUUCUUGUUGUGAUACGUGUAAAGAUUUUGUAUGGUUCUAUCAUGUGUUAAUAAACUGCUAAACAGACUAAAACAAGUGUUCCUGCCUUAUUUAAUUCUGUUUUUAACUGUGUAAAUUGUACUGUGAAGAAUGCCAAGUUAAGCAAAAAGCUGUACUUUCUAUCUCAGGCACUUGAUACAGAAUAUUAAUCCUGACAUUAAGUAGUCUGUCGAUUAGGUAGGGAGUAAAACCUCAGCUCCAAACUUUGGAAACUACAUUUUUCCAUAUUACCAAGCUGUGGUCUUUGAGUGAAACUGUCAAUUCUUGAGAAAAGUCAUGUAAUCUCAGAAUUUAGAACCAUUUCAGCCAGUAGCAUUAUUAUAGAGCUGCAGAGGAGGCUGCCAUAUGCCCUAUAGAAUCCACACCAGUUCUUUAAAGAGAAAUUCAUUAAUCCCAAUACCACCUCAUUUCCCCUUCAUCAUGCAGUGGCCACCCGUUCCACCACCAUAUCUGUGCUCUCUUAAAGUCUGCCAUUUUAUUCACUGAUUGCCACACUAGGUUUACUAUCAUCUACACAUUUUGAUUUGGGUACAGGGCACAAAUCAAUGUGUAUCAAAAAUGAUUAUUGUGUAACAAAAAAAUCAGUAGUCUAAAUACUAAACUACGAGGAAUAUCACUCUUUACCUCUGCAAAAAAACACAUGACUGCUCACCGCAAAACAACUUUUCUGUCCUUCAUCUGAUUUUGUAUCCAAGCUUCCAUGCCCCUUUUAUCUCAUGAGCUUCAAUCUUGUGAGCAAUCAAUUUAAUGGUACUUUUGUCAAAAACCUUUUUAAAAUCCAUAUAUGUAACAUUCUGUAAUGUCAUAUCACAAAGUUAUACAUUUACCAUUAAUAAAUAUGGCUCAACUA